AUGUCAUUGCAGGACACAUACAAGAGGUUCCUCGGUUCGCCGAACGCCGCGGCGCUCUCGGACGACGCCUCUCUACACUACAUCACAACCACCACCAGCGUUGCCGGCGCAUCCAACAUCACCAAGCAUCUCUCGACCGUUGCCAACCAGGUGAAGAAGGAGAAGGAGACUGUUCUAUAUGCCAUUGAAGGCCAAGAUGCCCUCGCCCUGGAAGUCAACACCUCCCUCGAAUUCCUCAUUACCGGAGGCCCCUACCUCCCUGGUCUGGAAGAUAACUACGUUGCCGAUCGCAAGGUCAACUUUACUAUUUUCCACAUCGUAACCUUCAACGGCGACGGCAAGAUUACACAAAUCCGACAGAGCUGGGACCAAGGCUCGCUUCUUAAGCAAGUCGAGGUUAUUGGUAGGUCCGGUCGCAACUGGCCAAUUCGCGACAGCAAGGAUCAGAUCAGCCUCAUCACAAGAUGCAUCAAGGAAGGUGGCACGCCCGCUACCGACAACCAAGGCUCCACGAGCACCCGUCCCAAGGUCACCAACGCCAUGCGCGAUCCCCAUGCGUCGCUUUCUCUGUUCGCUUCUCGUGAAGAGGUCGCAACCCCACCAGAGCCCGUUGUCUCUCCCUAUGCUGGAAGCAAGCCACGCCAACGCACCUUUGAGGAGAUUCUUGGAGAUGAGCCAGUUGAGGACCCCACCUCGCCCACUACUGACCGGAGUCGUUCAAUGACUCCCGGCGUUGCCCCUAAGGCUGGUGCCGCAAAGCACUUCCAGCCUAUCCGUCUCUUCGAGACUGACGAGAAUAUGCCCGAAGUACCCGAUACACCUCAGUCAAUCUACUCGGUUCAGCGCAAGGUGAAGCCCGAUCCGACAAAGUACAAGCACUUCGACUUUGCCGACGGUUCCGAUCCCGCCGACGCACCCCAGCCUGGUGUUCCCUUCGACAAGAAGCCCAAGACCAAGCAUGACAGCCAGUGGUCUUUCGAUGACUUUACCUCCCCCGAGAGGCCAGCUCCUACCCGUACCAUUGUCAAAAGUUUCCUUGGCAGCGUUGACGACGAAGAUUACCAAGGCCCUUCGACUCCGCAAAACAAGGCACCACCGCGUAAGCUGCGCCGUGAUGACGAGACUCACUUCAGUGUUGGCAACGACGGCCCAUCUCCCGAGAUUCAGAAGAACAACCGCGGCGCUGGCACAAACACAGCCUCGCACUUGUAUGACGACAACCUCUUGAAAGCUGAUGGCAGUGCUCCAUCGCCGGUUGGGAAGAGCAACCGCGGCGCUGGCACAAACGCAGCCUCGCACUUGUAUGACGACGACCUCAUUAAGGCUGAUGGUAGUGCGCCAUCACCUGCGCCUCGUGCGCUGAGCAACAUCACCAACGCCAAAAACAGGGAGAAGCACUUUGAGCCUCACUUUGAGAUCUCGGACGAAUCCCCUCAGGCUGAGAAGGGUGCCAACGGUCGCUCCAAGGCCAGCGAGAAUCGCCAAGCGGCCCAACGUGGACUGGAAAGUCACUGGUCCAUCGAGAACGAAUCACCCGUACAAAGAAAGGAGAAUUCCAACACGGGCAUUACCAUUGCAGGUGAUGGUAUGGGCAGCAGAAAGGGAUUUGAGGCUAGCACCGCUGUCAACAAGGGCAUCACUAUCGCCGGAGAUGGCAUGGGCGGCAAGAAGGGAACGCAGCGUAACUGGCUUACUGAGGAGGAGGAACCUCAGGACCUGCACCUUCAAAACCGAAAUCCCGGCAAGAAGCAGACCUUGAAGUCUGACAACUUUUGGGACUUCUAA